AAAGCAGCGCAACACAACCAACACCCACACACAACAAGCGCUCUCUCUCGCUUCCUUCCGUACUCUGCUUCAUCACCUCCAUCGCAAGCGCCUUCCUCCUCUCCUGUCUAUAGCCCCAUCACACAACCGCCGGGGAAACCAUGAACUGCUUCUCAUCAAAACAACAACGCCGCUCCAUCUACCGCAAAAUCGUCAUCCUCGGUGAUGGCGCAGCCGGCAAAACAUCCCUCCUCAACGUCUUCACCCGUGGAUUCUUCCCAGCAGUCUACGAACCCACUGUCUUUGAAAACUACAUUCACGAUAUCUUUAUUGAUGGCCAACAGGUCGAGCUCAGUCUAUGGGAUACGGCGGGUCAAGAGGAAUUUGAUCGUUUGCGCAGUCUGAGUUACUCAGACACGCAUGUUAUUAUGGUUUGUUUUGCCGUGGAUUCACCGGAUUCCUUGGAGAAUGUACAGAGUAAAUGGGUUGGUGAGAUUGCUGAACACUGCGAAGGUGUCAAGCUCGUACUGGUGGCACUCAAGUGUGAUUUGAGAGAGACGGAGCAGCAGGUGAUUUCUUAUGAAGAGGGACUCGCCGUUGCAAAACGCAUCAAAGCAGUCAGAUACCUAGAGACCUCUGCGCGUCACAAUAGAGGUGUCAAUGAGGCAUUCACAGAAGCGGCGCGGACGGCAUUGCAAGCGAAACCAGUCGGUGGUGUAUCGGAGCAAGAGGAGAAACUUGCAAAGCAAAGCAAGGAGCGUCGAUGUGUUGUGAUGUGAAAGAGCCAAUAUAUAUAGUAUGAUGAACAUUUCAACGGAAUACCCAAAGAACGCCAUGUAUUAGUAUUCAACCCUUUCUGCAUUUGCUAUUGCUGUAGUUCGUGUCAUCUCUGGUAGACGCGAAGACUGCGAAUGGCCCAGUAGGCAUCCUUGAAGGCCUGUGGGUUGCCACUCACAUAGGCAUUGCAGCUUGUUCCUGGACAGGUCGAGGUGCCGUACGUAUUGCCAGCCC